UCUAAAUUCUCUUUCUGCUUUGUCUCUACGCCUUUGCUUUGGUUUUAAAAGUUAGAGAGAGAGAGAGAUAACAAUGGCAACGGUGAAGUCUCCGAAGAAGCAAGUCAAUCUCUUCUACUCUCUUGACUGCGAAGACCUUGCACAAAAGGUUGCUGCUAAUUCACACGAGAUCACUCUCCAGAAUAUCAGAUGGAGGUCUUUUGCUGAUGGGUUUCCAAAUAUAUAUAUAAAUAAUGCAGAAGAGCUCCGAGGUCAGCAUGUUGCUUUUUUGGCAUCUUUCAGCUCCCCGGCACAAGUCUUUGAACAACUUUCUGUAAUAUAUGCACUCCCUCGUCUAUUUGUUGCUUCCUUCACAUUGGUUUUGCCUUUCUUUCCAACUGGGUCCUUUGAGCGAAUGGAAGAAGAAGGAGAUGUAGCAACUGCCUUCACCCUUGCAAGGAUGUUGUCAAAUAUUCCAAUUUCAAGAGGUGGACCAACUAGUUUAGUCAUAUAUGACAUUCAUGCUUUGCAGGAGAGGUUUUAUUUUGGAGAUGAGGUUUUGCCUUUGUUUGUGACUGGUAUUCCUCUCUUAAAGGAACGUCUGCGUCAGCUUCCUGAUGCUGAAAAUGUAGUUAUUGCAUUUCCAGAUGAUGGUGCUUGGAAGCGAUUCCACAAGCAGUUUGAUAAUUUUUCAGUGGUUGUGUGUACAAAGGUUCGUGAAGGUGACAAGAGGAUAGUUCGGCUCAAGGAAGGCAACGUCUCUGGUUAUCAUGUAGUCAUUGUUGAUGAUUUGGUCCAAUCUGGAGGCACCCUGAUUGAGUGUCAGAAAGUUUUAGCAGCCCAUGGUGCAGCAAAGGUGAGUGCCUAUGUCACCCACGGCGUGUUCCCUAACCAAUCAUGGGAGAGAUUCACUCAUAAAGAUGAAGCCUUGGAGAAGAAUGCAUUUGCUUACUUCUGGAUCACAGAUUCUUGCCCACUUACUGUCAAAGCUAUAGCAAAUAAAGCUCCUUUUGAAGUAUUGAGUCUAGCAGGGUCAAUUGCUAAUGCCCUACAAAUUUAAAGGCAAAAUAUAACCAAGGGGAAAAACAUUGAACUUUUUUAUAAAAGGGAUUCUCAAAUACAAUUUUUUUUUUUCCUUGUUUAACAUUAUUAUAACAUACUUUCACUUCUGCUAUGCAUUGCUAUGAGCUUAGCACAGUGAAACCUGUGAUUUUUAAUUUAUGUUCCAGAAUGCACUCUGAACUGAGUUGAGUGUCAAAUCUGGUAUAAGACCUAAUGCAAAUCAUCCAAUCUUGCCUAAGAUUACUCAUUAACAGGCAUCAG